AUGGAGACCACAGCGGCCCGCGAGGCCCGGGGGGCCGAGGCCCCACGCCUGCCCGCGCCCCCGCCCUCGCCCGCCGAGCCCCCGGCUGCGUCCCCCACCCCGGCCGCGCCCCGAGCCCGCCCGCGCCUCGUCUUCCGCACGCAGCUGGCUCACGGCAGCCCCACGGGCAAGAUCGAGGGCUUCACCAACGUCCGCGAGCUUUACGCCAAGAUCGCCGAGGCCUUCGGGAUCGCGCCCACCGAGAUCUUAUUCUGCACCCUAAACAGCCACAAAGUGGACAUGCAGAAACUCCUGGGCGGCCAGAUAGGGUUGGAGGACUUUAUCUUUGCCCACGUGCGCGGCGAGACCAAAGAGGUGGAGGUCACUAAGACCGAGGACGCCCUGGGACUGACCAUCACUGACAACGGGGCUGGCUAUGCCUUCAUCAAGAGGAUCAAGGAAGGCAGCAUCAUCAACCGAAUCGAGGCAGUGUGCGUGGGCGACAGCAUUGAGGCCAUCAACGACCACUCAAUCGUUGGCUGCCGCCACUACGAGGUGGCCAAGAUGCUCCGGGAGCUGCCCAAGUUGCAGCCUUUCACCCUGCGCCUGGUUCAGCCCAAGAGAGCCUUUGAUAUGAUCGGCCAGAGGAGCCGGAGCAGCAAAUGCCCCAUGGAGGCAAAAGUCAGCAGCGGGAGGGAGACCCUGCGGCUUCGGUCUGGGGGGGCCGCCACCGUGGAGGAAGUGCCUAGUGAAUUUGAGGAAGAGGCAUCUCGGAGGGUAGAUGACCUGCUGGAGAGCUACAUGGGCAUUCGGGACCCAGAGCUGGGUAAGGGGCCAGGCGUCCACCAUGGUGGAGACAUCCAAGAAGACAGUGAGUGUCCAGGAGUUUGCACGCCAUUUAGACUCCGUCUUGGGCGAGUUCGCCUUCCCGGACGAGUUUGUGGUGGAGGUGUGGGCCGCCAUCGGCGAGGCCAGGGAGGCCUGUGGCUAGUCUGCCCCGGGGCCGAGCGCAGCCCCAGCCCGGAGCCCAGCCCCCUGCCCCAGCCCUCCCGGCCAGUUCCCCAAGCCCAGCCCUGCUCUGGAGUCCAGAAGCCCAGAUCUGAGACCCAGCCCUGCUCUAGAACCCAGCUCAGCUCAGAGACCAAGCCCAGAUCUGAGACUGGCAUCACCUCUAGAACCCACACCAGUUUUGAGAGAGAGUCCAGCCCUGAGACUCGGCCAUGCUCUAGAACCCAGCUCAGCUUGGAGACCAAGCCCAGAUCUGAGACUGGUAUCACCUCUAGAACCCAUGCCAGUUUUGAGACCAAGCCCAGCCCUGAGACUCGGCCAUGCUCUAGAACCCAGCCCAGCUCAGAGACCAAGCCCAGAUCUGAGACCCAGCCCUGCCCUAGAACCCAGCUCAGCUCGGAGACCAAGCUCCCCUCUAGAGCCAAGGCCAGCUCUGAGACCAAGUUCACCUCUAGAACCCAUACCAGUUUUGAGACCAAGCCCAGCUCUGAGACCAAGCCCUCCUCUGGAACCCAGGCCAGCUCUGAGGUCCAGUUCAUCACUAGAACCCAAUCCAGUUCUGAGAUGAAACCCAGAUCCAGAACCCAGCUCUCCUCUAGAACCCAGGACAGCUCUGAGGCUAAGCUGAGCUCUGAUAUAAAGUCAAGUUUGGGAACCCAGACAAGUUUUAAGAGCCACCCCAGCUCUGAAAUCAAACCUAGUUCUGAAAGCCAGGCCAGCUUUAUGACCCAGCCCUGCCUUAAAACUCGACCCAACUCUGGAACGCAAGACAGCUCCAUGACCCAGCUGUACCUGGACACCUGGUCUAGCUCAGAAACGCCAGUUAGUUCUGGAACCCAGGUGAGACUCAAGAAGCAGCCCAGUUCCAGAAGCCACAUCAGCUCAGGAUUCAAAGACAGUUCCCAAACCCAACCCUAUUGUCAUGCCCAGACCAGCUCAGGAACCCAGAUGCAUGCUGCAGAGCAGCCCAGGUCCAGACCCCACCCCCAUACUAGGGCCCAGUCCAGCUCCAGUGAUGAGUCCAGCUCAGAGACUGAGCCCAGCUCUAGACCCCAGACUAGUGCAACAAGCAGGCCUGUCUCCAGAAUUCAGACAAGCUCUGGACCCCCAUCCAUCCCUGGGGCAAGGCCCGCCUCCAGAGCGCCACUUGAUGCCAAGCCCCGCCCUCACUGCAGAACACAGAGCAGCUCUAGAACGUCAUCCAGCUCUGGGACCCAGACAGACUUCAAGGCUUGGCCGAUUUCCAGAGUUCAGUCUAGCUCAGGCACCCCACCCAGCUCCAGAACUCAGCUCAGUUCUAGAGAACAGGCUGGCUCUGAAAUCCCAUCCAGCUCUAAAACACAGUCAACUGCUGAGACCCACUUGAGUUCCAGAAUCCAACUAGAGUCUGGUCCUGGGACCCAGACCAAUGCAGCAAUAGACUUAAGCUCCACAGCUCUGUCGAGCUCUGAGAGCAGGCCCAGCUCCAGGACCCAGCCCUGCCUGGGAGCUCAAAAAACCUCUGGGACCCAGCUCAUCUCAGAAACCCUGCCAAGCUCUAGAAAGCAACUCCAGACCACGCCCCCAGGCAGCUCUGGUAUUGAGCCGGACUUUGGGAGACAGACCAGCUCUGGAACUCAGCUCAUCUCUAGAGCCCAGCCCAGCUCUGGGACCCAGACAAGUUCAAUAAUUCAGCCCAGCUCUGGAGCCCAGUUCAGCUCCAGAACACAGCCCAGCUCCACAAUUCAGUUCAGCUCGGAGAUAACACCCAGCUCUGAAACCCAGACCAGUUCAAGAAUACAGCCCAGCUCUGGAACCCAACCCAGCUCCAGAACGCAGACCAGUUCUGGAACCCAGCUCAUCUCUGAGACCCAGCCCAGUGCGACAAUGCAGCCCCUCGCUGGAGUCCACCUCAUUUCUGGAACCCAAACCAGCUCCAGAACCCAUACCAGUUCUGGAACCCAGCUCAACUCUGAGACCCAGCCCAGCUCUGGGACCCAGACCAGUGCAAGAAUUCAGCCCAGCUCUGGAGCCCAGCUCUGCUCCAGAACCCAGUUCAGCUCUAGAAUUCAGUUCAUAUCUGAGACUCACCACAGCUCUGAAACCCAGACCAGUUCAAGAACCCAGCCCAGCUCUGGAAUCCACCUCAGUUCCAGAACCGAAUCUGUUUCUGAAACCCAAUCCAGCUCCAGAAGCCAGACCAGCUCAAGAAUCCAGCUCAGCUCUAGAAAUGGGCUCCGCCCACAGACCCCUGGCCUUGACCCCAGAACCCAGCCUGAUCCCACUCCCCCAGCCCGACCUCAACACCCAGGCCCACCACCCAGAGCCCCACCUCCAGGUCCUAGGAGGGUCUCUCACCCUCAGCCCCAUGAUCUGGUUCAAGGAGCCCAGGCCGAUACUGGCCCAGGCCGAAGCCCAUCCACUUCUGCCCUGGUGCCACAGCCGUGGUCCCCCUCCGCCCCGCAGAAACCAGCCCUUCCCCCCAAGCCCCAGCUGGGACCCCAGAAGUCCACCCUGCCCACCAAAUCUGUCAUCCCUAGUUCUGCCACCAGGGCGGCCCUCCUGCAUUCCCAGCCCCCUGAACCCUCAGCUCGGGGGCCUGCCCCCUCCGCCAUGCUCAGGGAGCCAGGACCGGCUCCGCAGGCGUCAGAGCCCUUCCCCUACCAUGGGGGGCUAUAGCUUGGGGGUGACAUACUUGUGGCCCCCAUGCCCUCUCCUGCCCCUCCCAGCCUGGGUCCCCCAGAAGCAGCAGGUGACCUCAUUCCCCCACAGGCGGGGUGGGGGGGGUGAGGGAGGGUGGACAC